AGUUACCGCCCACCUGUUUGCAGGGUUAAUUAUUUGUAGAGCUGAACAGAUAAGAAUUGAGUGUGUUUCAGGUGAAUGUUCUGCUGUCUGAGCUGGUUUCCUCCUGGGCGGGUCUGACAGGCUGACUUUCAGUUCCCUGCAGCUGCUGUUUGCUCAAAGGUUCCCAGAGCUGAGGAAGGAAGCGGCGGACGCAAAAAUGAGUUUCUACAGCGACGCUUCCAACGAUGACCUGAGCGACGAGUUGGAGACUUUGGGGUGGUACCACUACGAUCUGUCCCGGCAUGCAGCAGAGGCCCUCCUCAUGUCCAAUGGGGUGGAUGGGAGUUACCUUCUUAGGAACAGUAACAAUGGUCCUGGCUGCUUUGCCCUCUCCGUAAGAGCAAAGGACUCAGUGAAGCAUUUCCAUGUGACACGCAGAGAUAAUGUCUACCGUUUUGGGUUUAACGAGUUCCCGAACCUUCAUGACUUCCUCAGACACUUCGCCAACCAGCCUCUCCUGGGAAGUGAUGCAGGGACCCUCAUGGUGCUGAAGAGUCCAUAUCCAUGGCGUGUAGAGGAACCGUCCAUCUAUGAAUCAGUGCGAGUUCACACCGCCAUACAGACGGGUCGGACCAAAGAUGAUCUGGUGCCCACAGCUCCAUCGCUGGGCACUAAGGAGGGCUAUCUCGUGAAACAAGGAGCAUUUGUGAGGAGCUGGAAACAAAGGUGGUUCACUCUCCACAGAUAUGAACUUAAGUACUUUAAAGAUAAAAUGUGUGAGGAGCCUAUUCGAACGUUGGAUUUAAGAUCCUGUACUGCAGUCCAGUUCGACUAUUCUCAGGACAGGGUCAACUGCUUCUGUCUGGUGUUUCCUGAGCGAACCUUCUACCUCUGUGCAAAAUCUGGAGUUGAGGCGGACGAAUGGAUUAAGAUUCUUCAGUGGAAACUGUCACAGAUAAGAAAAGGAAGGUGACAAUCAUCCACGGAGACAAAGGAAAACACCUCCACCCUCUGACAGAUACCACCAUACCUGAAGGAAUGAAGCAGAUCUGGAAUACGUUUCACAACAAAUGAUUAGUUUUCAGUAAACUGCCUUUAGGCAUCAACUCAUCCAAGGAUUCUGACAGUUCUCUAAAGUUUCUGGACUAUGCUGUGUGAAGAGCAGCAAUGCACAGAAGAAAAGCAUAUUUAAAAACUCAACUAUGUUGAAUGUAAAUAAUGAACUUUAUAUCUGACACUUAAGAUGUGAAUUUCUAAUGCAGUCAGUUUUGAAGGACACCCUGCAGUGCAAGAUGGGACAGUUGUGACAGACUUGU